AUGAGGCAGUACAGAAAAAGUAAAUGCCAGAUAGUUUUCAUUGAUGAAACGUGGGUCGACAGUAAUCUAACAUUUAGAAAAUGCUGGCAAAGUGAUACAAUUUCAGGAGCCGAAAUAAAUGUAAAUUCCAAAAAUCGAUUGAUCAUUGUGCAUGCUGGCUCGUCCACGGGAUUUAUUCCUGGCGCUCAAUUAAUUUACAAAGCGUCAACUAAAACUGGUGAUUAUCAUGGCCAAAUGAAUUAUGAAAAUUUUGAGAAAUGGGUGUUGGAAAAACUCAUUCCAAAUUUGCGCCCAAAAAGUGUCGUGUGCAUGGACAAUGCUCCAUAUCACACAAAAGUUGCAAAUCCGACACCUACCAAAUACAGUACGAAGAAAGAAAUGACCGAUUGGCUGAUUAAUAACGGAAUAGAAUGCGAUAUGAAAAUGAGGAAAGCGGAACUGUAUUCGCUAAUUGAUAGGAAUCGCCCUAAAGAAAUCAUAUAUAAAAUUGACAGCAUAAUAAAAGAAAAUGGGCAUUAUGUCUUGCGACUUCCCCCCUACCAUUGCGAUUUAAAUGCGAUUGAAUACGUUUGGUCUUCAGUCAAAAGACUCAUCAAAGAGAGAAAUAUAACAGGAGACUUAAGUUUAGAAAACUUACAGAAUCUGUUGUGCGAUGCUUUGGGCGGAGUGUCUUCCAAGGAAUGGGAGGCUCAUUGCCGUCAUGUGGAAAAACUUGAAAAUUCUUAUUGGGAAAAAGAUGGAAUUUUAGAGGAAGUAGUAGACGAACUGGUAGUUCAAAUUGGAAGUACUGAAUCGGAUUCCGAUUCAGAAGAAACGGAAUCAUGUGACAGUGAUUCAGAAUUUUUUUUAAGAAACUACACAACUGUCACUCGAUCUCUGCUAGUUUUGUCAUUUUAA